CAGGCAGCAGAGGAGAAACAGGAAGAGGAGGAGCAGAUGACAGAUCUGACGCGAUGCUUCAAAUCCAGCCUGAUGUUCAGACAGUCAGCAGCGAGACAACAUGGAGGCCACAGCUCUCUGCAUCAGACUGUUGGACGGCUCUCUCGUCUCCCCGCUGAUGACUGUGUUGUUGCUGCUGGUCGCACAAGUUGACUCCAGUUCUUCCCAAACAGCUGACGAAGCUUUUCCUCGGGUCGAUCCAAACAGACAGCAGCUCUUUCAAUACGAGCCCAUAGUUGUCAGCUGUGAGGGGCUGCAGGGGCUGACCGGAUGGAGAGUGAUGAAGAAGAUCAGAGGAGUUGUUGAAACAUGUUCUCCAGUCUGGCUGACGUCAACAGGACCCUGCAAAAUUAAGAACGCUAUUGCAGACCUUGACAGUGGAGAAUACUGGUGUGAAGUUAAAGGAAGGAGAAGCAACUUUGUCAACAUCACUGUGACUGAUGGUCCUGUGAUCCUGGACAGUCCUGUCCUUCCUGUGAUGGACGGAGACGCUGUGACUCUGCGCUGCAGAAACAGGACGACUUCCUCCAACCACACGGCUGAAUUCUUCAAAGAUGGCCACUUCAUGUUGCGCAGCUCUACAGGAGAGAUGACCCUCCACAGUGUCUCCACGUCGGAUGAAGGACUCUACAAGUGCAGCAUCUCUGGAGUUGGAGGAUCACUAGAGAGCCGGCUGACUGUCAGAGCUCAUGAAGAAGAGCCUCCACCCUCCUCCCAUCAAGACCUUCUGCUCUCUCUGCGGCUCUACAUUGGUCUCAGUGUUCUGGCUCUGCUGCUGUUGGUGGUGUUUUGGCGAUUUAGGAAACAUCAGUCAGUCAUCAGAGGUGCGACAACCUCUGCUUCCACCUUCCAGUCUUCCUCUUCUCCACAAGCAGGUGAGACUGAGAGCAAAGACUGAAGGAGGGAGGAGGUAUCAUUCCUCUGCAGUCAAAUGCCAUGAAUUUACCUUCUUCCAAGGAAAAGUCUAUGAUAUCAGAAAAAAUCUGACAGUUUCAUGCCUCCGGGGAUAUUUUAUCACCUGCUAGUUCUAAUGAUGUAGUAGAUAUGCUACAGCAGCUGAGCUCCUCCACCUCCUGCUUCUAUUCCUGUCUGUCACAUGAUGUUCUGAUGAUUGUAAAAAGCUCUUUACAACCACAAAGUCACUUUAACAUUCGCCAUGGCGUCCCACAAGGCUCAGUUCUGGGCCCCUUGCUGUCUAUAUAUGCUGCC